AUGGGUUUUCUGCCUGGCCACAUGCUGAAGAUCAAGAAGCGUCUUAAAGAACACCUGGAAAAGAAAUCCUCCCCUGCUCUUGCUGAACAGGGCUGGAUGGAUCCUGGUACUGCCCGAGUGGUUUACACACCAUCUACGACCAGCCUUGCAGUCCCGAGUGGAGCUCAGGGCUUUGCUGCACCCCCAAGUGAGAUCAUUGAGGUAGUGAGCCAAAGCUGGCCAAAGGUGGAGGGUAAAGUGCUGGAGAUCGCAGAAUCAUUGUACAAAAACCUGUUUUCCCUGGCGCCGGACGCCCGGAAGCUCUUUCCGUUGUCGGUGAGAAAUCGCUACCGCGACUGGGCCAGUGGACUGGAUGAGGUGGAGGACGAUUUUGAGGCAUCCUCCGCGCUCCCAAUGAUUUGGUCUAAGGUCAUCCAUGCUGUGUUCAGUUCGAUUUCCGGGCUUCGAAAUCCAAGCAAAUUGGUAUUGGACCUCAAUGCGCUCGGGAUGAGACACGCUGGCUACAAUGUGAAAGAGGAAUUCUUUGCUUUUGUGGGACAAGCUCUCAUUAUGGCAUUGAGAACUCACGUGGAAGGUUUAACCUGUGAUGUGGAGCACGCGUGGCUGACAAUCUAUGAGUUCAUUGCGGAGGCGACCAGAGCUGGUUUCCGAUCGGUGCAGACGCAGCUGAAGACCCAGGUGAGACAGGAUACCCUGAGGCCCGCGCCGACCCUAUUGAGAUCCAGGAGGUCGCAAGCAGGCUUGGCAGAGAGCGACCUCAGUGCCCGGAAGAUGGCAUUCGACCGACUCGACCGACAUCGGGUUCCCUCCAAGAACGAGGGAGCGCAGGGAGCGCCCAAGGUCUCUCCGAAAGCCGUGGUUCAAACACAGAAGGCCCUUUGCUUGUUAGUGAUCCCACUGCUCCUUCCGGUGCGCUUGCCAGUGAGUCCAGAGCUUCUCCUUCGCCUGACACAUCCGCUGUACCGUGCUGCAGUUGAUCGAUCGCUGACAUUUGAUUCUGUUUUGGCAGAGUACAAGAAGUGUUACCUUGCAGACAGGGACGAAGCGGCUCUUUUUUCCUGUGGCGUGGAGAUCUUUCCCACAUCGGUCAUCGGGGAAUGUCCCCGGGUCACUGAGCGCAUGGUGCUGGUGCAAGCACUUCUUCCUCAGGAAGCUAUGUGUGUCCGUGCAGCGGAGCGGAUUGCCCAAGAACCUUCGUUUUGGGACACUGCUGCUACGGAAGGCGUGCUGAGCAAGGAAGCUUUUGUUGAGGCGGUGGGUGCUUUGCAGAUCCACGACUGCGACUCAGUAUCAGUUUGGAGCCUCAGCAUGGGCGAAGCACCGUCUGCUGACCGACAGAAAUUUGAUGAGCAUUUUUCCACGUAUGAGUGCAUUACGGAGACGAAACUCUUUGCGACCAGAGAGGCGGAUUCCCCGAUUCUUUGCAACAUCAUCGUUGGUGUUGCCGUUACUUUGCUUGGACCACCAGAGACUAUUGGCCACAGACUGCUUGGUCACGUGGCAACAUGUGAACACACAGGGUUUGUGACCUUGGCUCUUUCGGGCACUUUGUUGUUUCAGCGCAGCUUCGCGUUCCUCGAGCCUCUUCCUGCAGACCUUUCCGUUCAAGCCACUGAGGAGGAAGUACGUGGCGAGGACAAGAUAAUUGAUGAUGCUGUUGGCGUGACUGAAAGAGACGAAGAGAUGGAAGAUGCACCGUCUUCCACAAACAAACCGAAGGCAAGGAAAGCUUCUGGUUGCCCCAGGCUUGCCCAAGCGCGAAUUCAGCGUGUUCAGAAGGACAUUGAGAGGCUCCAGGGGACGACAGACCUGUGGAUCCCCAGGUCAAGUUUCGUUCGUGCUGUGAAAGAAUCUCUUGACAGUGUGCAGCAGGUGAAGGUUGCUAAAGGUGAGGAGGCCACGGCAUACAGGAUCAGCACAGAAGCUUUGAAGGUGCUUCAAGAGUGUGCUGAACACCAUGUGACUUCAGAAUUUAGCAAGCUCAGGCUUUUGGCUUCGCACCGCAAAGCGGUGACAAUCGAUGUGCGUGAUCACAAGAUGCUCAACCUCUUGCGGGGGUGGAGUCCCGCUUGGCUUCACUCACUGCUCUUGAAGGUGCGCGUUUUCCGGCAUGUGGAGGUGUCAACGCACCACAAGGAAAGCGUAGCCAGAGCCAAGAAGGCGGAGGCGCCAGGCACUCCACCAGCACGGACCCCAGGAUCUCCAAGUUGUCCGCGCAGCAGUGCGCGAAGUAGUACUGCUUCAUCUCCGGGUGAAGAUCUGGAUCGUCCAACAGACACAGCUCGGAGGUUUGAGAACUUGCUGGCUGGGGCGUAUGCCACCAUCUACCAUGAGAAGUCGAGCGCAGAUUUCCGUCUUUUGACGGACUAUGCCACAUUAUGUGGCGGUAGCCUUCCUGUUGGUCACACUUCUGAGCAGAUUUUUACAGAGUGCCGUGAUAUCAUUUGUAAAGAACUCCUGGCACAUUUUGUUUCCCAAGUCAGGCAAUCUCCAUAUUUUGCAGUGGCCAUUGACGAGAAAGACAGGUUUUUGAUCAUUGUACUUUCAUAUUUUCUGAAAGGCCAGAGGGUCACGAUCCCUGCGGCAUACCGAGAUUUGCAAGGGUUUGAAGCCCGAGACUUGUUUUCCCUGCUUACAUCAGUGCUGGAGUCUUGGGGCCUCGACAAGCAAUAUCUUGUAGGGCUCACAGCCGACGGAGCUUCCGUCAUGGGAACCAGAGUUGCUUUAGGAAACCGAGGUCAAAAUGUUGCCAAGCUCUUGUGUGAAUGGGCAGGGCACCCUUUGUUGAUUACUCAUUGCGCCCCUCACCGACUCCAGCUGUGUGUUGUAGCUUCAUGGACCGACCCAUAUUUGAAAGAUCUGGAAAAGAGAAUUAAAGCAUUGAUUAAAAAUGUUUCGGAGCACCCAGGCGCAACAAUCGAUUUAGUUUUUUGGUCUGACCUUGUUGAAGAAGAUGUCCUUCCUUCACUUUCCUCUUCGACUGCACGUUGGCUUUCCUUUUAUCAGCCAGUGAAGAAGUUGUUGAAGUGCUACUUGGGCGUGUUGUGUCACCUCAUGUACUGCUUCAAUUUCCACAGCUCACACGAGCAGAAGAAAACAAUCACAUGGCUCUUUCAGGGCCUGGCUACAUGGGAGGCUCACCUGACCCUGGCAGGCAUCGCGGAUAUUUUGGAGAUUUGUAUGUCUUACAAGAAUCAGCUUGAGCGUGCAUCUUCAUUCACCGGAGUCCAUGGCAUCCAGGAAGCUCUGAGAGCAGAACUCGAUGCCUUCUGCCGAAUCAAUUCAGUUUCAGCUAGGGCCAUGGCCGGUGACGAUGUCUUGCCAGGAGGUGGCAAAGAGGUCGAGCGCAUGUGUGAACGGUACCGCCGCGAAGGCCACCAAAAGCUUCACCUCCUGUAUACGGCAGCCGGCAACCUGGUAGAUGAAUGGGUAACACUCGAAGACAUUGAGAGUAACCAGGCUAUGAAGAAUAUUUUUAAACGGCUCCAAGAAUUCGCCACAAUCUGUUCAGACAAAGUGAUGGAAAGGUUUGCAGCCCGAUCUGAUGUGUGGAAGAACGCUCACAUCUUUCACCAAAAGUAUGAAUACAACCAAAAUUCGUUUCAAAAUGCACUUUGGGAAAUUGGCAGUGACCUCAAUAUUGAACAGGAGGAACUCAUCAAGGAAAUGCGCUCUGCGUUUGCAAUCCGGGAUGUUGUUUUGGCUAGAGAAAAGGUCGAUUCCGCCGAGUCUGUUUUGCAAGGUGUUCAAGAAAGGGCUGAUCUGCCUGAAGCUGAACGUCUCAUAUCAUCUUUCCUGUUGUCCCCCUCCCAAGCUGCAACAUGCGAAUGGGGAUUUAGCACUGUGGUCCGUCUCAAAGAACGGCUCCACGAUUGCUCCCCGUUGGUUCUAGAGCAAUACCUCCAGGUGGGGAUUUUGGAAAGCCUCUGCAAGAAAUGA